CACACAGCAACACCAAGAAGGCAAGAACGAGGUACCUUGGGAAGACGCAGCAAGCAGCAGCAGAAAUUUCUCAGUCUGGAUUCCCGACAUCUCAUCCCUCGCAUCCCUCCCACUCACACUCCCACUCUCACUUCCACUUCAGGCACUCACACACCGCCCUGCCUUCCUGCCGUCCCUGUCCGUGUCUGAACCCCUCCAAGCACCAAAAGCCUUUUUUCUUACUUCUUCUACCUCCCCUCCCCCUCCCUCCAACUACCUUUUGAAUCUUCUCCUCCUGUUUCUCUCCUUCUUCAUCCUUUCUUCUUCUCUUCUCCCUCUUCUAUACCCCCUUCCUCUCUCCCACCCCCCAAACCACCUUUUACCAUCACCACAAACUUCACAAUGGCUGCCCCCGCCAACAAGUUCAAGGUCGCUGACCUGUCCCUUGCCGCCUUCGGCCGCAAGGAGAUCGAGCUCGCCGAGAAUGAGAUGCCCGGUCUUAUGCAGACUCGCACCAAGUACGCUGCCGACCAGCCCCUCAAGGGUGCCCGUAUCGCCGGUUGCUUGCACAUGACCAUCCAGACCGCCGUCCUCAUCGAGACCCUCACUGCUCUCGGUGCUGAGGUCACCUGGACUUCCUGCAACAUCUUCUCCACCCAGGACCACGCCGCCGCUGCCAUUGCUGCCGCGGGUGUCCCCGUCUUCGCCUGGAAGGGUGAGACGGAGGAGGAGUACAACUGGUGCUUGGAGCAGCAGCUGUCCGCCUUCAAGGAUGGCAACAAGCUCAACCUCAUCCUCGACGACGGUGGUGACCUGACCCACCUCGUCCACGAGAAGUACCCCGAGAUGCUCAAGGGCUGCUUCGGUGUCUCUGAGGAGACCACCACCGGUGUUCACCACCUCUACAAGAUGCUCAAGGACGGCAAGCUCCUUGUCCCCUCCAUCAACGUCAACGACUCCGUCACCAAGUCCAAGUUCGACAACUUGUACGGCUGCCGCGAGUCCCUCAUUGACGGAAUCAAGCGCGCUACCGAUGUCAUGGUUGCCGGCAAGAUCGCCGUCGUCGCUGGUUUCGGUGAUGUCGGCAAGGGCUGCGCCCAGGCUCUGCACACCAUGGGUGCUCGUGUCAUUGUCACCGAGAUUGACCCCAUCAACGCCCUCCAGGCCGCCAUGGCCGGCUACGAGGUCACCACCAUGGAGAAGGCCGCUCCCCGCGGUCAGAUCUUCGUCACCACCACUGGCUGCCGUGACAUCCUGACUGGCGCUCACUUCGACGUCAUGCCCAACGAUGCCAUUGUCUGCAACAUUGGUCACUUCGACAUCGAGAUCGACGUCGCCUGGCUCAAGGCCAACGCUCAGAGCGUCCAGAACAUCAAGCCCCAGGUCGACCGCUUCCUGAUGAAGAACGGCCGCCACAUCAUCCUCCUUGCCGAGGGUCGUCUGGUCAACCUUGGCUGUGCCACCGGCCACUCCUCCUUCGUCAUGUCCUGCUCCUUCACCAACCAGGUUCUUGCCCAGAUCAUGCUGUACAAGUCCGGUGACGCCGCCUGGGGCCAGAAAUACGUCGAGUUCGCCAAGGCUGGCAAGCUCGAUGUCGGUGUCUACGUCCUCCCCAAGGUCCUUGACGAGGAGGUCGCCAGACUCCACCUGUCCCACGUCAACGUUGAGCUCACCGAGCUCACCAACACCCAGGCCGACUACCUCAGCAUCACCGUUGAGGGUCCCUACAAGAGCGACAUCUACCGCUACUAAGCAAAGCGGGCCUCUUUGUAUCAUCCAAUCUUUUAGCGACUGGAUUUCUUCAACAUUCCGACUAAUGACUUCAACGAGCGUACACCAUAACAUUUGGCAAUGUGUGUUCUCAACAGCAUGACUUGCAUGACACAUCUGGGAAGGGAAUCUCGGCUGGGGGCGGUUACGGGCUGGAAACUCAAAAAGCUUGGGGGGCCUGGCUGCGAGAUUUUUCAACAAAAAAAAGGCGUUGGCUUGUGAAUAGUGAUUCCCCAGACCAUGGCAUCUGUAUUUUGCUUUCUUCGGCCCGACUCUUGGGGAGCGGGAAAAAAAAAAUUUAAGGGACUCAACCUCCGGACAUGGGAAUUAGGGGUUAUGGGUAGACAACUCGACGACUAGGGCCCGUCAACCGCGGUCCGCAUAGAUGAAUAUAUGCGUCUUUCCGAGCAAA